UACUAUUAUGGAGAAAGUGCGCUUGACUUUGACUAUAGAUAAAUAGUAAAACGGAGUACAGAGUAUAGUCUUAAAAGUGCUCUAAAAAUUAGAAAUUCAUCAGUCAAAAUGUAAAAUCAUGUGAUUUACAAUUGUAUAUGAUUUACAAAGUAGAAAAAAGUUACAAUUUAUACAUAAAUAAGUGAUAAUACAAGUGAAGGAUGUAUAUAACCUUCAGUAAUUUACUGAUAAACUUUUUGGAGAAAGUCAAAAGCACAGCAUAAAAUUAAAUAAAUGAUUCUUUAAAAUGAAAGUGAAAGUAUUUUUUAUACUAAAUAAUUUAUUAUUGUGAGGUUAUGUGCAUGUAUAACAAUUUAAAAGACAUCUUUUUAUAAUAUGGAAGAACACAAAGAUGAAUUUCAACCGACGACACCAAUGUCUGUGGUUAAAGAAGAGCCCGUUGAAGCGGGAAAUCAAGAGAUUCAACAGUCGCAGUUACAAGAAGUAUCCAAUGAUGAUGAUCCAGAGCAAAGAAGCGUCUGUACGCCUGACGGCCAAGAGAAUGAAAUUCACAGUUUCCUGACUAAAUGUAUAUUUUGUAAUAAAACAUUCACAGUUGAAGAUAACCCAAAAUUAUUAGAAUGUCUUCAUGCUACUUGUUCGUCAUGCAUUGGAAGCAAAUUGAAUGAUUAUCAUGUUUAUGCUGACAAUGAUAUUGUAAUAGAAGGAAAUCUUAUUAUUUGUCGUGCAUGUAAUGUUGCGAGUCAGAAGGAAAAUUUAAUUGAAAAUAAGUUUUUUUCAAAAGUAAUGAAUGAUGACGGUAAUCAGGUGAUAGAUGAUGACAUUCAAGAUAUUGAGGAAGAAAAGAAAUGCACUAAUUGCCAUGAUAAUGCAACAGCUACCAGCUGGUGUGUUGAUUGUGAAGAAUUUAUUUGUCAAAAUUGUGUUUUAGCACAUCAAAGAUUGAAAAUAACUAAAGAUCAUACCAUAAAGCCAAAAAAUGAAGUAUUUAAUGAAAAAGACGGAAUGAAAAAGAAUGAAAAAUCUUCAUCUAAUGACGCAUACUGCUCUAUUCAUCCUCAUGAACAAUUGUCUCUAUUUUGUCAAAUUUGUAGUGUAUUAACAUGUAGAGAUUGUCAGCUUGGUGAUCAUAGACUUCAUAAAUAUAAAUUUAUUCAUGAAUUAGCGGGUGAAGCAAGAACUAGUGUGGAAACUUUGCUUAAAGAAGUUUCUUAUAAACGUGUAUUAUUAAAGAGCGCAAUGAAAGUUAUUGAAGAUCGUCAAGUUUUAAUUGUAGAUAAGAAAAAAAGUUUAGUUCAUGAAAUCACACAAAUGGUAGUUCAAUUGACAAAAGCAAUAAGUACAAGAGGAAAACAAUUAAUAAUGCGGUUAAAUGAGGUAUGUGAUCAGAAACAGACAACACUGAAUGAAAAAAAAGACGCUCUUGAUCAGUUAUCAAAAUUAACUGAUCACUGCAUUCAAUUUGUGACUUAUGCAUUGAACAAAGGGUCUGAUAGAGAACUUCUUUUUAGCAAAAAAUCUAUAGUUGGGCAUUUACAAAGAAUAAAAAAUCGACGAGCUGAUAUACCAAAUCCUGAAAUUCCUGUAAGGAUUCAUUUAUCUCUCGAAAAAGUUCCAGAUUUAGUAAAAAUUAUUUCUUCAAUCGGGGCAAUCGUAGUUGAUGGCCGAGUGUAUCCAUCCGGUUCUCCAGCAUCCGGAACUAGUACACCUACGACUCUUUCAAAUGAUACACCGUUGGACCAAAAACUACUUGUACCAUUGUUCACAUCUACUUUAGAGCCUAAUACAUCUGCUGCUCUACAGAUGAAUACAACCCAAGCAGGGAGUCCUUUUCCCUCAGUAUCUUUUACUCAACAACAAUUAUCCACGCAACAAUCCCAACCUUCGCAGAUUUUAACGCAGAUGUCUGGUCAAUCUCAGAACUACCCUCCACCAUAUUCUGCACAUACUAUACCACCGAGGUCUUCCCCACCUACACAACACCAACGAAUGCCGUACGGUGUGCCAUACAAUGGUACGCCGAUACGUUCCCACUUAAUUAUUCAUCAACGUCCUGGAGUGGGAAAUGGUCAUCAACAACAGGUUACAUCUUCGACUCAUCCUCAACAACAAAUUCAUCUAGAACAACUCAGCCAAAAUUCCAGUUUACGUGGACUUUUAGCUCACAAUCCACCUCCUUUCAGAGCUACAUCUAAUCAUGUUGCAUAUAGAUUACCGCCAGGAUAUCGAUAUCCAGGGGGAAAUGUUGUUUCACGUGCUGCACCUCCUAUAUAUCAACCAACGAAUCCUGCUUUGGUAUCUGGAGGUCGAGUACAACAAAUAAAUCCAACAUCUGUAGCGAACCAACAAUUAAAUUAUCCAUUUUAUCAACAAACUGCUCGCUGGCAUAUACCUCAAACCGCUAAUACUGUAUCACCUUAUCAGCCACGGAUGUCAGCCCAAACUUUACAAUCUAUGCCGGUUGUACCUAACGACGCUUAUAAAAUUAUGUUAAAGACACAACAAAUAAAUACCCACAGUAAUAAUAAUAGUAACAAUAACGAUACUGUUAAUAAGACUAAUAACAAUAAUAAUAAUCAUAAGAAUAAUGAAAAUAACAGUGAUCAAAUACAUCAAACUCAAACUUCGGCGACUUCUAAUGGCCAAACUGUAACAUCAUCAAUUCCAAAAACACCGAGCCCUGUACUUGCUGGGAAAACAGAUGAAAAUGAAAAAAGUCUGGAUAAAUUUUGUCAAAAAUCGCUUACUGAUUUAAUGCUUACCAUUGCAAAGUUAGAUUCUAAUGGUAUUUUAGUAAUUCCAGAGUCGCAGAAAAAUCCAACGGAUACUUCACAUGUAGAUAGUUCAACUGAUGAAGGAACUCUUUCAAUUAAUGAAAAUCCUUCAGAUGAUUUGAAGAAUACAACAUCAUCAUUAGUUAAAGACGAUCCAAAUGAAGAUUGGUGUGCUGUAUGUAUGGAUGGUGGAGACGCGGUACUUUGUUGUGAUAAGUGUCCAAAAGUUUUUCAUUUAUACUGUCAUAUCCCAAGUCUAAAAUCGUUUCCAGAUGAAAGUGAGACUUGGCAGUGUAUGUUAUGUACGAAUGUUUUGGAUUGCUCAGAAGAUCCACCUGUUAGUAAAAGAUCGGAUAUGAUGACUCCAAAAGAGCUACGAAUAGCUCAAAGAAUUGUAUUGGAAUUGUAUUGUCAAUAUGAACAAAGUCUUCCAUUUCGAGAAGUGGUUUCUCCGGAGAUUGUAGAAUACCAUCGGAUCAUCAAAAAACCAAUUGCUUUAGAUACAAUUAGAGAUAAAUUAAAACCCGACAAUCCAAACCAUUACACUGAGCUUAAACAAGUAAUGGCUGAUAUAAGAUUAAUGCUAAAAAACGCAUUUAAAUACAAUCCGGUUGAUUCUCAAAUUUAUCAACAAGCUCGUAGCCUUGAAGAAUUCUUUGACAAAUUAUUACUUAAAUGGGCACCAGAUCAUGCUUACGAUGAUCCUUUCUUAACAACUGAUGCUGACGAAGAUGAAGAGGUAUUUCCACCAAAUCGAAAAUAUCGACGAAUAAUCAACGAUUGAAUUUUUUUUAAUAUUAGAAAAAAAAACAAUAUUUAAAAUUAAAAAUCUUAUACAUUUGUAAAAUUUAUUAUGUGCUACGAGAUUCUCCAUGGUUAAUGAGUUACAUAUUUUUACUUUAAAAUGUUGAACAUUUAUUGUUAUUUGAUUAAUAUGUAUAGUAUGAUCAAAUUUUUAAUAAUUAACUUUCAACUAACUUUAAAGAUGGAUUAUAUCAGAUUCGGGUUACAAUAAGUCUAGUAGAUAGACACAAUUUUAUGCAGUAAAAUGACAUUCAUAUACAGUAUAUAAUUUAAACUAUCACUUUUUUAUACACACUUUUAAGUUAUACGACGGAUACACACUCCAAUUCAAUAUUUUUCAUAGCAUACUGAAUUCCAUUCGUAAUCAACAAUGUUUUUUUUUUUUAAAUUAUAGCAAUAUUUUUAAAUUACAUGAUUAAUAACUAUUUAUUAUUUUUAGUUAUUUUCAUUCUUAUUCCAUUGACCACUUGAAAUGAAAUAUGUAUCAAUACUUUAGAUGUUUAUUGGUAGAAAUUGACUACAUCAAAAUGUAUAGACACUGUUCUUAACUCAUUCAUUUAUU